GUGAAAGUGAAAGUCAGUCUCCAUUUUGUGUGGAGGGGACAAUACAGCAUUUCAGGAGUAAAAACACAGGUUUGAUUUAACACACCGAUGUUGGAGUGAAGUAAACGUGUGUCCUGCUGUAAUCUGGAGAAGGAGACAUGACCUCCAACAUGAGUGUGUCUGGAGAACAGGACUUAAAGAGAGACGAGAGAAUGAUGGAGGGAAAGAGAUCAGACUCACCAGAACCCAGCUGUGUGUCCAUGAAGAGUGAACGGUCAAUGGAUCUUCCAUUUACCUUCAGAGACGGAGCCAGUUCUCCUGAUGUGAGACCACAACAGAAGAAAUCAAACCUCAGCAGAAAUCAGUUGGACUCCAUAUUCAAGGAGCUGGAACACAAAGUCAUCACCCUGAUAAAGAAUGAGCUGAAGAGGUUUAGGAAGCGCCUGAGUCCAGAUUACCCAGCAUGCACUGAGAGAGAGGUGCAGGAUGAGGAGGAUCUGCACAGUGUCAGAGACGGAGCGCUGAAGAUCACACUGCACGUCCUGAAGAACAUGAACCACACAGAUCUCGCUAACACACUGCACAACAAGUCUGUGGCCUCUGUGUAUCAGCCAAAGCUGAAAUCCAGCCUGAGAGAGAAGUUUAAAAGAAUUAAUGAAGGAAUCUCACAGCAUGGAAGCUCAGCACUUCUGAAUGAGAUCUACACAGAGCUCUACAUCACAGAGGGUUGGAGUGGAGACGUCAAUAAUGAACAUGAGGUGAGACAGAUUGAGACAGCGUCCAGGAGACCAGCAACACAGGAGACACCCAUCAAAUGUAAUGAUCUCUUUAAAGACAAGUCCAUCAGAAGAGUGCUGACUAAAGGAGUUGCUGGAAUUGGAAAAACAGUCUCUGUGCAGAAGUUCAUUCUGGACUGGACUGAAGGAAAAGCAAAUCAGGACGUCACCUUCAUGUUUCCACUUCCCUUUAGAGAGCUGAAUCUGAUGAAGCAGAAACAUCUCAGUCUGAUGGAUCUUCAUCACUUUUUCCCUGAAAUGAGAAAACUACAAUUAAUAGACUCCUACAAAGUGGUGUUGAUCUUUGAUGGUCUGGAUGAGUGUCGACUUCCUCUGAAUUUCCAGAAGAAUGAGAGACUGUGUGAUGGGACAGAGUCAGCCUCAGUGGAUGUGCUGCUGACGAACCUCAUCAAGGGGAAUCUGCUUCCCUCUGCUCUCCUCUGGAUCACCUCUCGACCAGGAGCAGCCAGUCAGAUCCCUCCUGAGUGUGUAGACCAGGUAACAGAGGUACGAGGGUUCAGUGAUCCUCAGAAAGAGGAGUACUUCAGGAAGAGGAUCAGUGAUCGGAGCCUGGCCGAUAAAAUCAUCUCACACAUGAAGUCUUCAAGAAGCCUCUACAUCAUGUGCCACAUCCCAGUCUUCUGCUGGAUCUCAGCCACUGUUCUAGAGAGAAUGUUGCGUGAAGCAGAGAGUGGAGAGAUCCCCAAGACUCUGACUCAAAUGUUCACACACUUCCUGAUCUUUCAGAUCAAACACAAGGACCAAAAGUACCAUCAGAAAUGUGACCCUGAUCCUCAGCAGACCAGAGAGAGUAUCCUGGCACUGGGGAAAACUGGCUUUCCAACAGCUGGAGAAAGGAAACCUGAUCUUCUAUGAGGAAGACCUGAGAG